AGCAGGAGGGGAGGGGGCGAGCUGUGAGCAGCACGCAGGCAGGCAGCGCUGAUCACAUGAGCACAGAUCUGUUUACAAACUGAAGCCUGGAAGCUAGAGCCGAGUGUCGCUGACAGUAACCGCCGACUGCGCGCGCGAGAGAGCGAGAGACCAGCGACGACGACGACGACAAUAACAACAACAACAUCGGCCCAGUGCCUCUCGGGGACGGCGGCUGACAGACAGGGACUUCCAGGCCUGACGCAAAGGAAGGGGGCCGCCGCCGGGGGCAAACGAUGGAGCUGGCGGUCGAGCGAAGUGAACGUACCCCGCUGCCUCUUUGUCUGAGCCGUUUUAUUAUUUGACUGGGUGGAGAACGGAGGGAGCAGAUGGUUUCAGGAGGGGAGAGAGAGAAAGAGAGAGGGAAAAAUCACACACAGACAUAUAGGACACACACGCGCGCACAUAUACAGACACGCUCACACUCGCGCACGAGCCAGAUACCAAUCACAGCUUGAGGGCUGCCUUACUGCUGUGUGUGCACUCUUGUCCUUUGUUUCGGGAUUUUGGCCGAGGCCCGUCAGUCUGCGCUGAUCUGGGAAUACCCCUGACGUUGAUCCAGCCAUUUGAGAGCGCACAGCGGCAGCAGGAGAGGGGAAGCUGAAGAGGCGAAGGAAGGAAUAGACACGGAGAGAGAGAGACAGGGAGAGAGAGAGAAAGAGAAGGAAGGAGCCUUGUCUUUUGUCAGAGAGGCUGUAGAAGAGAACAAAGCAAUGACUGUUUCCAGGCUAUUGCACUGAAUUCAGCCAGACUUGACACAAUGUCAUUGUGAUCUGGCGUAGUCCUCCACUGGAUUCUGGACAAGAUCGGACGUCCUCAGGGGUGAAGGCAAGCCAUCUUAUGCAUUCCUCCUCACUUGCAUGAUAUACAUACAUAAAUAGACAUAAAUAGAUAUAGGCCUAGCCUAUUUAGAUAUUGUAUAGCCGCCUGCUUUCGCGUCUGUCAUUGUACUUCACAUUGUUCCUGGAGCAUCAUUAACUUUUGUGGAGAUUCAAGGACAAAACAAAAUACAAGAUAACAACACACUGGUUUCUUCUAUCUGUCGGUGGCUGUAGGAUGCCAACAUCACUGACGAAGAGGACAAAGGACAGAAGGGUAAACAAAUAGAAAAUAAACAUUGUGGAUUAUAAACAGGACAUGCAUGCUUGAGGACUAUCGAAGACCUAAGGUUGCUUUAGCUAAGACUUUCCGUUUAAUAUUUAGAGUGGAUUUGUCUUUGAAGGGGGCCUGACUCCAGUUCAAGGGACUUUGUUGACAGUUGGGCUUAUAGUAAAAGGAGAAAGAGACAACACUGAAACCGAAAGAAGAGCUGCUUUCUAGUGUCAAAGUCCUACUUUGCACUGACAGUGAGGAGUUAUUGUAAGACUUUUGUCACCCCUCCCCGCCACCAACGCUAUACCUCCACUAGGCUACUUGCUGUCCUCCAACCGGAGCCGAAUUUACUGCGGGAGGCUCAAGUGUCGGAUUUCAUGCAACCAUUCCAAUGGUGUAACGGAUGCCUCUGUGGUCUGGGACUGCAGCGCUCGGACUGCGAGAUGACCUCUGAGGACGUCUACCACCUGCCCCUCAACGUCUACGUCAUCGUGCUGGGCAUAGGCCUCUUCGUCUUCAUGCUCAGCGUCAUCUUCUGCUGCUACCUGUUCAGGUUGAAACAGCAGGUUCCACGUGAGCAGUACAGCUACAACGAGGUGGUUCUAAAGGGUGCAGGGAAGAAGUUGUCUCUGCUUGGACAGCCAUGUGCAGUAUGCCUGGAGGAAUUCAAGAGCAGAGACGAGCUUGGGGUGUGCCCCUGUUCGCACACCUUCCAUAAGAAGUGCCUGCUGAAGUGGCUGGAGAUCCGCAGCGUGUGCCCCAUGUGCAACAAGCCCAUCCUGCGCCUGCAGGCCGACGAGACGCCACCGCCCCAGCACCCCCGCGGAGCCGAGGGCCCGCAGGACCCUGAGGAGGUCUGACCCCGACCUGACCUCACCUGACCCCGCCCCGGAACCCUAACCCCACCGAUCAGAAUUGAAACACCCGACACAGACCCCGACCCCCUGGUGGGCCGUGUGAACAGAGACACUGGCCAGGACUUACUUGUUCAUGGCAGGGCCUGCCCUGAGCUCAGGAAGGGCCACCUCGGCGGCCGAAAGAGCGCUGGACAUUAGUAGCCCAUUCGUCCAGCGCCAAGACCACAGCGUGGUGAACGGACGCUCAUGUGCUCUGAAUGGGUUCACGCUGGUGUGAAGGCGCCAAGGGGUAAAUAUGGGGAAAGGGGGCAAGGAGAAGGGUCAGCUGCAGGAAGAGCAGAAAAGUGUUAAACAAAUUGAAGUAAUGGGUAAGUGAGGGAUACUUGUGAGGGCGGAGGUUAGGGCAGGGUAGAGUGGGGUGGGGUGGGGCAUCUCUUCAACUCAAAAUACAUGUGUAAAACACAAAGUUAGCAUGACAUUUUAUGAAAACUACAUAAAUACACACACACACACACACACCACCCAGUCACCACCGUCACCACAGGCACAAACACACACAUACACAGCCAGUGUAAUAAUCAGCCUCUCUGCUCACUUGGACAAAGCUGUGGUAGUGGUGAGCGAACACACCUCAACGAAACGGCAACAUCAAAUAUAUCUGCCUAUAACCAGAGUCACUGUAUGGUCUCACCAGCUACUACAAAGCCAAGCUGAGUCAUCAGUCAACAGUUUAUGAAAAAAAAGAAGGAAAGGAUUUAAAAAAAAAAGAAUAAAAACUUGGGAAGUAAAAGGUAGACAUAGGACUUCCCUCUCUGUGAGUCUGUAUGAAUAGGGCCUCAAGCAGCCAAUUGUUCUCUUCCUCUUCCAAGUUUCAUUUUGUAUCGUUUGACGGUUUUAAAAUAAAAGUGUAAUGUUUUUGUGGGUCACUC